UCGCAUCCGUAGUAGAGUCCAAUUAAAAUGAAAUUGGAUGGCGGCACUUGCUGGGCCUUGGCAAAAAAAGACCGGUUUUGGUGAAUCGACGACCAUUCGACCCCAAAAUCUGAGCCAAGUAUAAAUUCCUUCAAAUGUUUCGCUAAUUUUAGCCAAGUCUCUUCUUCACCAUUCAAAUCAGAUCUAACUCUCACACCAUACCUGACAGAUUCUCCUUUGCUCCUCUGCUUCGCUCACUAUAUGUAUAUAUAUAUGUAUAGUCUCUGUAUCUAUGCAUUCUAUAUAUAAUUCACAUUCUUCACUUAUCUUUCUCUGUUGAUCUAGGUUUGCUUUUGGAGAUUCUUAAAGAUGAUGCUUGAAGAUACAACUGAUGACCCAAGCAGAGAAAUUAAAAUAAGUUUUGGUUAUCAAUGUAAUGACAAGAUAGGUAAUUGUUGUGACUUGCAUGACGGCUGUGAAAUCUCACCUGGAUUUAAGCUCCAGAGGACUAGCAGUUCCUUCUCUUGUUUAUCUGGGGCCGCCUUAAGUGCAAAUGCCACAUUGGCUAAUACAAAUAUCUGCAAUGGGUUAAUUGGGGCAGAAAUACUUCCAACUUUGGACUCUCCUAAUUCAUUUAGGAAGAUUCCCUCUUCACCCUCCCUCUCGAAGUUGGAUCUACUAUCAUCUUCUCUCCACAGUAGUAUGUCAAACUUAAGUUGUAGUCCUUCCACUCCGAGUGGGCCGCCUGAAUAUGAUUCCUUUUUGUUGAAAUCCAUGAGUGCUCCUUCUAGAAGUGAAGGUUUUCUUAAUGCUAUGGAAGUACAAGUUGCAGGUGGCGCUGCUGGUGAAGACAGAGUUCAAGCUGUUUGUUCAGAAGAAAAUGGGUGGCUUUUUUGUGCAAUCUAUGAUGGCUUCAAUGGACGAGAUGCAGCUGAUUUUCUGGCUGGAACGUUGUAUGAAACCAUUGGGUUCUACCUUAAUUCAUUAGACUGGGAACUGAAGCAAGAUUCUAUUGGAUCAUCUGAUUGUUUGUGUCGAGAUGGGUCCCUCCAAUAUAUUUUGGAAGAUAGUACUACCAGCCAUGGUGGUAAAAUUGCUCCAAGAUAUGGUAACGAGGAUCCAUUUAUUGACUAUUUCACCCAGAGACCCUUUGGUGUUAAAGUGGAAGGAUUAUCUGGCUCAUUUAAGCAUACCGUGCUUGAUAGCCUGCAACGUGCUCUUAGUCAGGCUGAGAAUGAUUUCUUAUACAUGGUUGAACAGGAAAUGGAGGAGCGCCCUGAUUUAGUGUCUAUUGGAUCUUGUGUCUUGGUUGUACUUCUCCAUGGAAAGGACUUGUAUAUGCUCAAUUUAGGUGAUAGUCGAGCUGUAUUGGCAACAUAUGUUGAAGAUGUGGAUAUGAAUGAGAACAGAAGGCUGCAAGCCAUCCAGCUCACUGACAGUCAUACAGUGGACAAUGAAGUUGAAAGGACCCAACUUCUGUGUGAUCAUCCAGAUGAUCCUACAACAAUUAUAGCUGGAAAAGUUAAAGGAAAGUUGAAGGUCACCAGGGCAUUCGGAGUUGGUUAUCUGAAAAGGGAAAAAAUGAAUGAUGCUUUGAUGGGAAUUCUUCGAGUUCCUAACCUUCUAAGUCCUCCUUAUAUCUCCACUCAGCCAUCACUGAAUGUCCAUGAAAUCUCAAAUUCUGAUCACUUUGUUCUACUUGCAAGUGAUGGCUUGUUCGACUUCUUCAGCAACGAUGAGGCAGUAAAGCUUGUUCAUUCUUAUAUAUUAAUCAACCAAUCUGGUGAUCCAGCAAAGUUUCUAUUGAAGCAACUUGUAGCAAGAGCGGCUGAUUGUGCAGGUUUCAGCAGUACGGAAGAAUUAAUGAGUGUACCAGCUGGUAGGAGAAGGAAAUAUCAUGAUGAUGUAACGGUAAUAGUAAUCAUUCUGGGGACAAAUAAACGCACAUCAAAGGCAUCAAUUUGUGAUCCAUUUACUCUUCAAUAUUAUAAUUAAUAUUUAUUAGGGUAGUUCUUGGAUUGCAUUGUUCUCUAUUAAUUUUUUUUUUUUUAAUGCAAUGCAAUGAACCCUUUGUAAAUAAUAUAAUAGUUUUAUUUUUGGCAUCAACGUGGAGGUGGGUUAUAUAUUACUGGUGGGUUAUAUAUAAUCCAUUUAGCUGGUGGGUUAUAUAUAUGAUCCAUGAAUCCAACGUGCAGGUGGGUUAUAUUUGAUCCAUUUAGCUGGUGGGUUAUAUAUGAUUCAUUUAUUGGAAUAAAUAAUAUAAAAGUUUUUGUUUU